AGAAUAUUUAUUAGUUUGACGCUUUUUUAUUUUUUUCACGUUUUCCUACAGACUAUUUUUUUCGUGUGAUAUUUUUAUUAAGGAUUGGGGAGGUCAUUUUGGCCACAAAGUGCUGGGUUUAUCAGUUCUACAGAUGUCCAGUAUAUAUAUCGAGGGAGCUGCUUUAUCUCCUAUUAAAUCGCUUAUAUUAGUCGCCGUGAUAAUGAGUUUCAAGUUCAGCGAGCAAUUGUCGCCUACAUAUUCGCGUGAACACAUCCAUCAUGGUUAUUAUUCUUUUUAGGUUAAUUAAAUAAAAGACCGUUACUAUGCAUACAUUCGUACCAUGUGUAUAUGCAUGAAUAUUUAUAUACAUUGUCGUCGUGUAGAAUAAAAAGUCUUUCUUGUUAUCGACGGUCAAGGUUCACGUCUCUCUGCAUACCGAUAAAUCUAACUUGAAAAUAAAGAUCUUGAAUACGUUUUGUAUAAUAACAACGAUCAUUUUAUCGAAGUCAGGCAUGACGUUUAUUAUAAAAGGUUUCAACAUUGAAAAAUCAUAGAGAUUAUUUUUAUGACACAUAUUGAUAACCUUUAUUCAUGUACGAUUUUUGAUUAUUAUCGAGUUCCCGUCGUACACACCUCCAUGGGUUUUCAAUAGAAUCAUUACCUCCAAAAAAAGUGCAUACUCACGUAUUGUUUUUACAACUCAUUAUUUAUACACGCGAAACAAAGUGAAACACUUGUGCAAAAUGGAUAAAUCGCAAGAAAAAGAAGAAGAUGAAAAAGUCAGUUUAUUUGAAAUUUUGUCUAAUUCAGCGCUGAGAGAUCUCGGAGACUCUCAGAGCGAUAAAACAGCUGGUGCCUCUUCAGAAAAACCGGAGAAUAAAGAUUCUGGUAUAGAAAAAAUCCGCAAGUACUUCAGCGAAAAGCUCAAGAUGUAUGAUUCAACAGACUCUGCAAAAUCGGAGACAAAGGAGAAAAAAAUUUUGGAUACUCUGGAUCUUGAUGGCGUAGUGGAGUAUAUAAAACAAAAAAAUUGUCGUAAAAUCAUAACAAUGGCUGGUGCUGGAAUAUCAACGUCUGCUGGAAUUCCUGAUUUUCGGUCUCCAUCAAGUGGCCUUUACCACAAUCUUGGCAAAUACAAUUUGCCUCAUCCACAAGCUAUUUUCGAAAUAGAUUUUUUCAUGGAAAAUCCAGAACCCUUCUUUGUUCUGGCCAAAGAAUUGUUACCCGAGGGUUUUAAACCAACGCCAAGUCACUAUUUCAUUCGUUUGUUGUGGGAAAAAGGUUUGUUGCUGAGACAUUACACACAGAAUGUUGAUACCCUGGAAAGAGUUGCUGGACUUCCUGGAGAAAAACUUGUUGAAGCUCACGGCACAUUCCACACUGGACACUGUCUUAAAUGUCGAGCUCUGUACACUUUGGAAUGGAUGAAAGAUAAAAUAAGUGCCAGUUUGGUCCCAAAAUGUGACAAAUGCAAAGAGGGAAUCGUCAAACCUGACAUUGUAUUUUUUGGUGAAAUGUUACCGGAACGUUUCCAUACACUUAUCGAUCAAGAUUUCCGUCAAGCUGAUCUGCUGAUAAUCAUGGGCUCCAGCCUUGUUGUCCAGCCUUUUGCUUCGCUCGUUGAUCGAGUAAGUUCCACUUGCCCGAGGCUUCUGAUUAACAAAGAAAAAGUCGGAAUUCAGGACAGACUUACAAGAUUUUUGGGAUUUGGACAAGGAUUAGUUUUUGAUCCCAAAAGCUCAGAAGUAGGACGUGACGUGGCAUGGAUUGGAGAUUGUGACACUGGAUGUCAGUUAUUGGCUGACAAACUCAAUUGGGGGGAGGAGUUGAGGGUGCUAAUUAAGAAAGAACACGAAAGACUACAGGCCGAAUAUUCCGUUGAUAAUUAACGAUUGUUAAGAUCAAUUAUUAUUAUCUAUAAUUAUAAUUAUAACUAUAAUUAUCUAUAAAAAUCGUCUUUUAUUAGUUCAAAGUAUUUUUUUUUUUUUUAACAAAGAAGUUCAACUCGGGUCUUAGAUUCCUUCAAAUCCAUAUUAUACAGAACAUUGUUGUUAUAAAGAUGCAUUUCUUUAGAGCUUAUUGAAAAUAAAUUUAAAAAAUCAUCCGAAAUAAUUGUAUAAAAGAUUAUAAGUGGUUUCAAAAAGGGAGCCAAGAUUAAAAUUUUUCUGAAAUAUA